AACUACGGCUCUCGAUUGACCCCCAGCAAACACACAUCCCCGCCAUUGAACGGCCAUAUUGAAGAAGAAAUCAACAUGGCGUCCGUCAUAGGUUCCGAAGUGGAAAUACAGGAGGUGGAGGUUGAAUCCAUCCCUGUGGAGAUGCCGAUAGAGACAGUUGAGACAACAGAUGAAACAGUGGAAGUGCAACCCAUGAUAGCUCUUCAGCCGCUUCCAGACGUCCAAGAAGAGAUUAUUCUUCAAACUAGAGAGGAAGUUGUAGGUGAUCCCAACCUCGUGUAUGUUGGUGAUGUUGAUCACAUACCAGUCCCAGCACCAGAAAUUGAAAUAUCUACAGAGGAAACGACAACAUUCAGAAGAGGGAAAGGAGGAAAACGAAAAGGAACUAAAGGUCGUGGUCUUAUCCCUGCCGGCCUUGGCGCAGAGUUAAACUUUGAUGUUCCAACGUCAACUAAAAAAUGGGAACAAAAGCAAGUGCAGAUAAAGACACUAGAAGGAGAGUUUUCUGUGACAAUGUGGGCAUCUGGUGGAGAUGACAAAGUAAAACUCGAAGAAGAUUCUGUUUCAGAAACAGAUGCUGACUUUACAGAAUACAUGACUGGCAAAAAGCUUCCUCCAGGUGGCAUUCCUGGACUCGAUCUUAGUGAUCCGAAACAGCUGGCAGAAUUUGCAAGUCUACAACCAAAAGACAUGCAACUGUUACAACACUCUAGAAUAAAGACCAGAAAAGCUGUGGAUGAUGUACCAAGAACUGUACCCUGUCCGCACAAGGGCUGUAAUAAAAUGUUUCGGGACAAUUCAGCAAUGCGCAAACACCUUCAUACCCAUGGUCCCAGAGUUCAUGUUUGUGCUGAAUGUGGAAAAGCAUUUGUUGAAAGCUCAAAAUUAAAACGACAUCAGUUGGUUCAUACUGGAGAAAAGCCUUUUCAGUGUACGUUUGAAGGCUGCGGGAAAAGAUUUUCUUUGGAUUUCAAUUUAAGAACGCAUGUUCGCAUCCACACAGGUGAUAGACCAUAUGUGUGUCCAUUUGACGGUUGCAACAAGAAAUUUGCACAAUCCACAAACUUAAAGUCUCACAUCUUGACACAUGCAAAAGCAAAGAAUCAGACAUACCAGUUACCAACCACACAAGAAACGAUGCUCAUUGGAUACACAUUUGAGGAGCAAUGAACAACGACUUGUAAUACAGAUUUUCGGAAAUAGCACUUCUGGACCCUGAGGAAUUUCAGAGGGAAACAUACAUCUUCCAGACACAGUUUAAAUAGAUUUAAUGUGACUGAAUCUUGUGUACUGUUUUGGGAUUGAUUGAAACAAACACAUGUUCCUUCAUAUUCCCUGGUGAUCUAAAGAGUGAAAAGGACAGUUUCCUUUCCCUUGUUGUCACAAUGGAAAACAACAUCUUUAUAGACCUUUGUCAUCACCACAAAUCCUGCAAUUUUCAAAACUCGGCCAUAUUGUUGCAGCAAAAAUAUGUGAUUUUCAAAGCACAGAAUCAGCAAUUAUUUAUAGAAGACAUUUUCAGAAGCAAAAUAUAUAUAAAAGUACACUUGUGUAUAUAUAUCAUAUCUCUGAAUGUGAUUUCAGUUGCAUCUUCGAAGAUUUGUCAGUCAACUUUGUCAUUAAAACUCAUUUUUCAUUAUAUUGAUUUUGGAGGAUUGUAAAUGCCAAGAAGUAUGAUUGAAAGGAGGAAAAGGGUGGGAGAGAGAAAGAGAGAGAAAGAGAGUGGGAGAGAGAAAGAGAGUGGGAAAGAGAAAGAGAGUGGGAGAAAGAAAGAGAGUGGGAAAGAGAAGAAAAGGAAGAGUGAAGAAAGGAAACAGCAAUGAAAUCUGUGUGAUAGUCAUUUGUGUGAAACUACAUUGUAUACAGGCAUUAAAAAGUGCAUUACUGGUAAUGUGAAUAUAUGGGAUCUUGCAUUACAAUUAAGGUAGCAAAUUUUAUUUAUUUAAAGGGAAAAACAUUAUUUUCUUUUUAGUAAACAAAUUAUUUGAUUACAUAAUAACAAGAGUAUGUUUGUGAUAUUUUUAAGUGGGAUUUAAUUAUUCUGUGAACAAGAGUGAUAUGCAACGAAUUAUGAAAUGCAAGAUGUGUACAUCUGUACUAAUGUUUUACAGUUCUGUAUGUCAUAGUGCUUAAAAUCAACUGUUUGGAUACUUAAAACACUUCUAUUGCCUGGUUAUAGAAAACUGAUCAGGGAAAUAUCAUUUAUUAACAUUAAAUUAUGUAGUAAUAUUUUUAAUUUCGGCCGUUGUGCAUACAUAAAUGACUUUUUAAAAACAUCAGAAACAUAAUGAUCACAUGAUGCACGUGUUAAGUAUUAAGUGGACCUCUUAAGCAUUUAAUAUAAUUAUUGUGUACAAAAUUAUUCUAAAAUGGUUAUUUUUUCACCUUUCUUGUUGAAUUAUUCUUAUUACUUCAUAAUUUUCCUCGUUUUGUUAUCUUAAACGCAUGAAAAACAGUCGGACCAAGUUUUGCCAUGAAGUUCCCUUCUACAAAAUUAAACUCUGAAAACUGAUAUGUAGGAGAGGAGAGGUUUUGUGGUUUGGAACUUUGGAGAACAGAAAGCUAGGCAUGUCCGAUUACAAAUAGCAUACUCUCCUUGAAUUAUUUUUCCUUGUGAUGCAAUAAUAUUUCAAAACAGUUGAAAAGUCAAAGAUUGGCUGCUAUUUCCAACCCUGGAUAUUGGGGACUUCAGAUACUUGUGUUUUAUGGGUAACUUUUUUUUAACUUUUAAUCUUUACCCUCAUGACAGCUCAGUCAGUAAAAUGAUAAAAUUUAACAAUUUUUGUACAAAUGCAAAUCACUAUUUUUUUUGCCGACAACAAAGUCUUUUGUUUUGAUGAGUUACGACUUAAUUUAUUGAUCUAAAUAUUCGAACAGUGUGUCGUGCAAGAAAUCCUACAGUAGAUGUGACAAGGAUCCUUUAGAUUUCGUACUGUCGAGAUUUGUUUUCUCAGCUGAAGGAUGUGUGUCUUUGUCCACCAGUGAUUGACUAUCAUUAAUAUAGUUUUAGAAUUAUAUUUGUAUAAAACAAGAUCUGCCAAUGUUACCAUUUCUGAAUUAGCAAUAAAGGAUAUUGUCACCUGGUAGUUUUGGGACAUCAAAUAAUAAUAAUAAUAAUAAGUACAUACUCUGUAGUUCCAGCUUAUGAAUCUGACUCUCUGUAAAUUGUUCCUAUUUAGGAGUGUGAAGGACUCUUGUCAUAUCUACUGGGUUUGACCCCCAUUCAGCUUUGUCCGACUCUUACAACCAUACUUUGUCAUCACAAGGCACAACCUUGCCUUAUAUUGUAAGUUUGUAAAUAAACACUUACAUACAAUCA